AUGGGGAGGGGCGAGCUGGGCGCCUCCCUCCGCUUUGUCCCCCGCCGCUCCGGAGGACUGCUCCCGCCCGCGGAACGGCCGCGGAUGGGCCGGGAUCGACGGCUCUGCCGGCAGCGCUGCCCCCCCGCCCUCCGCUCCGCGCGCCGCCGCUCCCUCCGCCCGCGCGCGCGACAGACGCCGGCGGAAGGGGCGGGUCCCCAUGGCCACGCCCGGGGCGGGGCCGAACGAGGGGCGGGGCUUCUCCCGCCGCUUCCGGCGCGCCCGGGGCCGGCGCUGCGGAGCGCUCACCGCACGGACAGACCGCACGGACAGACCAUAUCCCGGGCCGCGGAGGGUGCUGCGGCCGCGGAAGGCGCGGGGCUGGCGGUGCCGGAGAGUCCCGGAGCGGCGCCCGCCUCGGAGAGCGCUCCCGCGGGAGCCGGCUCCGGGAGCAGCGGCGCUCCCAGCCCGCCGGGGGAGGAGUCCCGCAGCCUGGACUCGCUGGAGUCCUUCUCCAACCUGCACUCCUGCUGCCCGAGCAGCUCCGAGCUCAACAGCGACGCCGACGAGGCGGUGGUGGCGGGGGCCUCCUCGGGGGGCCCGGCCCCGGAGCCCGAAGGGGACAGGCCGGCGGCGGGCUCCCAGCUCCUCUCCGCUUCCAAGGAACGCUUCCCGGGCCAGUCGGUCUAUCACAUCAAGUGGGUCCGCUGGAAGGAGGAGAACACGCCCGUCAUCACGCAGAACGAGAACGGCCCCUGCCCGCUGCUGGCCAUCACGGAGAAUAUACUUUUGCUUUGACAGAUUAAACUGCCACCGAUGAUGGAAAUCAUAACGGCUGAACAGCUGAUGGAAUACUUAGGAGACUACAUUCUUGAUGCAAAACCUAAAGAGAUAUCUGAAAUUCAGCGUCUUAAUUAUGAGCAGAAUAUGAGUGAUGCAAUGGCAAUUCUGCAUAAGUUGCAGACGGGUCUGGACGUCAAUGUGAAGUUCACAGGUGUCCGGGUGUUUGAAUACACACCUGAAUGCAUAGUGUUUGACCUGCUCGAUAUCCCCUUGUACCAUGGAUGGUUAGUGGACCCUCAGGUUGCUGACAUAGUAAAAGCAGUUGGUAACUGCAGUUACAAUCAGCUGGUGGAGAAGAUAAUUUCUUGUAAACAGUCAGAAAACAGUGAACUGGUUAGUGAAGGAUUUGUAGCUGAGCAGUUCCUAAAUAACACAGCUACACAAUUGACAUACCAUGGACUGUGUGAGUUGACUUCAGCUGUCCAAGAGGGAGAGCUUUGUGUGUUCUUCAGGAACAACCAUUUUAGCACCAUGACCAAAUACAAGGGUCAGCUUUACCUGCUGGUGACAGACCAGGGCUUUCUUACAGAAGAGAAGGUUGUGUGGGAAAGUUUACACAAUGUGGAUGGUGAUGGGAAUUUCUGUGACUCUGAAUUCCACCUGAGGCCUCCAUCAGACCCUGAAACUGUCUACAGAGGGCAGCAGGAUCAAAUAGAUCAGGAUUACCUGAUGGCAUUGUCUCUACAACAAGAGCAGCAGAAUCAAGAAAUUAACUGGGAACAGAUCCCAGAAGGAAUCAGUGAUCUAGAGCUAGCAAAGAAGCUCCAGGAGGAGGAGGACAGGAGAGCUUCCCAGUACUAUCAGGAACAAGAACAAGCAGCUGCUCAGGUCCAGCAGGUACAAGGUGCUGCCUCUCCAGCCAGCACACGACAAUCCGGGAGCAACGAACGCAAACGCAAAGAGCCUCGAGAGAAGGAGAGGGAGAAGGAGAAGAACAGCUGCGUUCUCUUGUAACAGAACAUGGAUCCAUCUGGAGCCGAGUGCAUGUCCUCAGAAGCAAAAACAAGGAGUCAAAAGGAAGACAAACCUGUUACAUGCCGCCUGUGCCUGAUUACCCCAUGGAUUUUGUUCAUGUUCCAAGAGAGGAUGGAUGACUUUGACCAAUCAGACUUCCUUCAAAGUCAUAGCGCGUGCUGCUCAAGAGGGAAUUCCAAAUCACAGUUGGAUGCGGCUGUGCUUUGAGUUAGUCAUAAGAAAUAUUGCACCUUGUAGCUGAACACACAACUCAUGGCAAGUCCUGUGUCAUAGUGACAUCCAUUACUCAUUACAUCAGUUAGUAAGCUAUUUUAUCUUCUACUCUAAACCAAGGUAAUUCAUGUUGUGUAAGGCUUUUUCCUGAAGUCUGUACACGAGCACAACGGAGUUCUGUGUUACUUCCUUAGUAUGAAGCUAUAUCUUAGGCUGGGUAUAGUCUCCACGACACAAGAGCCCAAAUAACAGCUGGGCACUGCCUCCUCAGUGUGUCCAGAUUUCUUUGCUUCUGGAUCUGGUAUGUUCUUUUUUUGAACCCAGAUUUAUACUUGUUACUGCUAUCACUGCAUUUCCUGGCCAGCUUUCUUGCCCCAAGAGUAUGUGACUUGAUAGGCAGCAUACAAAAAUUGUCAUGAAGAAAAUGGGGCAUUUAUUAAAAAGCAAGAUGAAUAUUGUUUGCUUUUCUUGCAUCUACAAACUGGGUAUGGCAACUCAGAUGUUAUCAGGGUUAAACAAUUUUAUAGGUAACUUCUUUUUCUUUUAUUAUUUUUUUUCUCUUGUAGGUAAACUGGACCAGAUAAGCUUUUAUUUAUUGACCUCUCCAUAUGAUAGAUGAAUGAUGAGAGGAAACUAAAGUCUAUAAUAAUCGUUAUUCUCUAUAAGAAUGCAGAGUUAAAAUAACUAAUAUCUGCCUUUUAUCCAGAAGUACCUUGAACUUCAACAUGACGUUAACAUGUCCACUUGUAUAUUUAAGCAAGUGUACUGUAGUUAGAAACACACUUUUUUGUUUGUUUUAUAAAUCAUGUAUUCUUAAAAAAGCACACUUCUGAAGGGGUGAGAGGAGUGAAGCUGCCUCUCUGAGAUGGUUUGAAAGGUGAUCAGGUGUAAUAUUUUGUUUUUUAAAUCACUAAUUUAGAAUUUUUGGAAACCAGAUUUUUCUAAUUUAUGGGAACCAAAUAAACAUGUUGCAUCUUGCAGUAUUUAUAGAAUGCAGAAACAGAACACUUGGUGAAUUUUGAGGGAACCAUAAAUCUUCCUCCACUUCCAUUAAAUCAAUAACAAUUAGUUCUUGGUGAACCUUUUGAUAAAAAUUUCUAUUUAGCGAUUUGUAGAUACUUUUGAAAAAGGCUGCUUCUCCUGGACAAGUUCUGUAUCUGUGCUCUAAGCCUUAGUGUUCACAGAGAAUAACCUGGGCAAGCUGAGGUGGAAUGUGACAUUCCUGCUUCCAGGUGUUGGAGAAUGUCUACAAAAGUGGGUGUCUAACACAAGUCCACUGGUAAAAAACCAGUCCACAAUUACUUCAAGCAGACUGGCUGCACUGAUGGCAACCAGUCAUCACACACAUCUGUUACCAACCUAGAAUGAAAAUGAGAUAAAGGAAGAAUGUCUUACUAACUAAAGGGCCAAUUUGUAUCACUUUUCUUCCAUGCCUUUUCCUCUUUUGUUUUUCUUCCACUUUUGUUACGAUUUCCCUUUUAUAAUGAUGAAGUAAUGAACAGUAGGAGGUCUCUAAUAUGUAAACUGUAAAUUUAAAAAUAUCUUCUCUAGAAAAGUCAUGCCCAGAGAAGUAAUUUUAAUACUUAAUGUAUGCAGUUCAGAUAAUUUUCUAUGUCAAAGCAAAGGUUGAUGUCUUUUUUUCCUUUGCAGCAGCCUAACUUCUUCAAAAUUAAUGUGAUGGAGGAUCACCAACAUAAUGACUUAGCUACUUUAAGUAGAUGAGAAACUAUUCCAAUAGUGUCAAUAACAGAGACUUUAAGCCAGAAUGUUGUUUAAAAACAUUCUGUUACUAAGAUUUUUCCAAAUUUUGUGUAUUUACAUUUAUUUAUUGACCUUGAAAAAUAAAUAUGUCAAGCUAAGUGUUUGUUAUUAUUUUCAGUGACAGUAUUGCCACUUUAACUCCUUUUGGAAGGAAUCUAGCUGUUGUGGCUAUGGAGUUUAUCUCUUUGCCUAAGAUACUUGUUCAUAUUGGAAGAAUUCGUGUAACAUUUCCAGAUUCAGACAGAUGUGCCUGAAACUUAAUAUUCUGCAGUUAGAGGAAUUAUGGUCAUUUGGUCACAGAGGAAGAAGAGUUCAUCAUGAGGUUGCAACUCCCAGAUAAUUCAGUUUCUUUCAACAGAGGAGUAAAGGUUUCAGGGUAUUUGAGAUGGAAGGCAUGCUAUGAAAACAGUCCUCUGUUAAUAUCCUUUUUUCUUUACAGGUCUUGAAGCUUUGGAAAAAAGGUAAAGAAUUCUUGUAAUCUAGGGCUGCGUGAGUUGAACUUGUUAGUGGCCAAAGUUAUAAGGAGUUGAGCUUCCUAAUACCCAAAAGGAAAUUCACCUGGAAGCUUAAUUUAUGCCCCACUGGGAGUAACCAUUCCAAAAGCACCUGUCACAGUUGGUAUCUCUGACAGUAUCUGUGGAUCAAAAAACCUGAACAGAAUUGCUUUUAUGUAUAUGAAGUGAGCUUGGAAAACAGUAUUGCACAAUUUAGUCUUGGAGUACCAGGAAAACAAUAUCUACUUCUGUUUACUUCA